CACAAUUGCCCAUGGUAGCCGUUGGAUGAACGUCACCGGACCUCCAUAACAGGCUCGGCAAAUCCGAGCCUACAGCCCUAUAAAUACCAACCUCCUAAUUCAAGCAAAUUCACGAGUAACACCAGCUAACACAAGAAUACAAACGAAAACGCGGAUCCUAGAGAGAGAAAGUGUGAGUAAGAGAGAGAAAGUACCUUUUCUCUUCGAUCAGCCACCUAACACGCGGUUCCGAUUUUCCAUCUUCUUCCUCAGGUGUUUCAUGUGAUGGGUGAUCAUUUGGUGCUGUAUGUGGACCAACUUGAGAAGCCGGUGAACGCACGAUCGAUUAAGGAGUCUGAGGUCGGUGCGGAGAGGCGGCCGGAUGAGGCGGGACCGUCGUGCUCAGUGGUAGGAGGGGAUGAGAAGGUGUUGGUGAGGGGGAAUGAUGUUUCCGAUGAGGAAAUGCCGCUUAUAAAUAUGGCCGAGUGCCGAAUUUGUCAGGAAGAAGAUUCUGUGAAUAAUUUGGAGACUCCUUGUGCUUGCAGUGGCAGUCUUAAGUAUGCUCACAGAAAAUGUGUUCAACACUGGUGCAAUGAGAAAGGAGAUAUAACUUGUGAGAUAUGCCAUCAGCCUUACCAACCUGGUUAUACUGCUCCUCCACCUCCGCCCCCCUCUGAAGAGACUGCCAUUGAUAUCGGUGGUGUAUGGACAAUCUCUGGUACUCCUUUAGAUUUGCAUGAUCCUCGCCUAUUGGCAAUGGCCGAGGCAGAACGUCACUUUUUGGAAGCUGAGUAUGAUGAUUAUGCUGCUACAAAUGCCAGUGGAGCUGCAUUUUGUCGUUCAGCUGCUCUAAUUUUAAUGGCUCUUCUUCUCUUGCGGCAUGCAUUGACAGUAACGGAUGCUGAUGAAGAUGAUGCAUCUACCUUUUUCUCCCUUUUCUUGCUUCGGGCUGCUGGGUUCCUUUUGCCCUGCUACAUUAUGGCCUGGGCCAUCAGUAUAUUGCAGCGUCGAAGACAAAGACAGGAGGCUGCAGCAUUGGCAGCAACACAAUUUGCAUUUGUGCUACAAUCAGGGCAAAACAGGGGUCUGCAGUUUGCCAUUGCAUCUACACCGACGGUGACACCCCACCAAGGAACUGCUUAAUUUACAUGGACAACUGCGAACACAGUUGCUCUGAAAGCCAUUUGAUGAGGUUGUUUAGUGAUUAUCGCACUUGCGUGUUUAAAAAGACCAUGGAUAUCCAUUCUCUUGCUCUAUGUUAAUGUGUAUAUAAGUGUUGCAUCUCAGAAUAUGUUCUCUUGUUAGACAUGCACAUCCACAUCAGCUGUAUUUCGUAUCCUUUUAUAGUAUGCGCAUUUUUACGUGUCCAA